AUGGGUGGAGCAGUACCCGUUCAGAGACCCAAACUGACAACAACAGUGUGGGAAGACGAAGGUACAAUCUGCUAUCAAGUCGACGCGAAGAACAUCUGCGUUGCCCGUCGCCAAGACAAUGACAUGGUGAACGGAACAAAGUUGUUGAACGUCGUUGGCAUGUCUCGUGGCAAGCGUGACGGCAUCCUCAAGAACGAGAAGGGUCGUGUUGUCGUCAAGGUUGGUGCCAUGCAUCUCAAGGGCGUCUGGUAA